AUGGAAGCCUUCUACCUGCCCCUGAGCUGCUUUGACUACUCCACAGAAGGCAAGAACGACUUCCCACACCAGAGCCAGCUCCGUGCGCAUUUCUUGUCCUUCAUCAGCCAGGGCAAUGACAGCAGGGAGCCCGUGGCUGUGAGGUUCGAAGCAGUGGAAACCGGAGGGAAUCGACAGAUCCACCCCCAUGGCUUUAACGUUCGCUUCGUGGACGGCCAGUGCAAAGUCCUGAUCAUGCAACUGGCGGUGUGCAUCGCGCACAAGCUGGGCUUGGAGAAGGACGUGCUCAGGACAUUGCCGUCCUUUGCUAUGGUUCUCUGCUCGCACACCAAGCACGCAUCCCUGGCAGCCUACCACUACGUGAACAAGCGGCAACCCACGCCGCUGGCGGCUCGUUCCGCCCAGAACUUCGAGAGUUCAAGACAGAAGAAGAUCGAGAGGGUGACAGCAGAGGGAAAAGACACAAACCAGGGGGCAGCUAACCUGACAGGCUUGGGCGCCCGGACAGCGGAGACGCAAGCUCCUUCGGCGUUGCAGUACAUGGCCGAAAUUGAGCAGGCGAUGAAGUGCGAAAAGGCGCUGACCACCAGGAAAGUCACGACCCGCGAACUCCUCUCGAAAUGUAUCGCGGACUACAACAAGUUGAUCACGGUGAAAAAAUGGAGAAUCGACUCCGGCAAGCGGAAGCUCAUCUCCAAUUUGAUGGAUGUUG